AUGCAGUCCACCGCGGCCGUCGCCGUCUCCGCCUCGGCGACCGCGUCCCGCGGCGGCGCCAGAUCCGAGGCUGCGCGGCGGCCAGGUGGAGUCCGGGUCUGCGGACUCCGGGGCGAGGCCCUCACGUGCCCCUCGCUGCGGAUCUCGCAGGCGCCAGCGAGGCUGGCGGUGGCGAGGGCGGCAGCGGCGGCGGCGGCGGCGACCAAUGGCGCGGUGGCGGGGAGCGGCGGCGGCUUCGACUACGACCUCGUCAUCAUCGGCGCGGGCGUCGGAGGUCACGGCGCCGCGCUCCACGCCGUUGAAGAGGGUUUAAAAACAGCCAUAAUUGAGGGAGAUGUUGUGGGUGGGACUUGUGUAAACAGAGGUUGUGUCCCAUCGAAAGCACUCCUUGCUGUCAGUGGUCGAAUGCGGGAGCUUCAUGAUGAACAUCAUAUGAAGUCUAUGGGUCUACAGGUUUCCUCUCCUGGAUAUGACAGGCAAGGUGUUGCUGAUCACGCAAACAAUCUUGCCUCGAAAAUCCGUAGCAACUUGACUAACUCAAUGAAAGCUCUGGGAGUGGAUAUAUUGACAGGUGUUGGCACUAUUGUGGGAAAGCAAAAGGUACGAUAUGGAAAAGCCGGUUUCCCAGAUAAAGAAAUCACUGCCAGGAACAUCAUAAUUGCCACUGGUUCAGUUCCUUUUGUUCCCAAAGGGAUUGAGAUUGAUGGGAAAACUGUAUUUACCAGUGAUCAUGCACUGAAACUUGAGUCAGUUCCAGACUGGAUAGCUAUUGUUGGAAGUGGUUACAUUGGACUUGAGUUCAGUGAUGUAUACACAGCUCUUGGAAGUGAGGUUACUUUCGUUGAAGCUCUUGACCAGCUGAUGCCUGGAUUUGAUCCUGAAAUUGCAAAAUUAGCCCAGAGAGUUCUUAUCAAUCCUCGGAAAAUUGACUAUCACACUGGUGUUUUUGCAAGCAAGAUUACUCCAGCAAAGGACGGAAAACCUGUGCUCAUCGAGCUUAUUGAUGCAAAGACAAAGGAGCACAAAGAAACCCUUGAGGUUGAUGCAGCUCUUAUCGCCACAGGAAGGGCACCAUUCACCAAAGGGCUUGGCUUGGAAAACAUCAAUGUCGUUACACAACGUGGUUUUGUGCCUGUUGAUGAACGGAUGCGAGUCAUGGAUGCAGAUGGCAAUGUGGUGCCCAAUUUAUAUUGCAUUGGAGAUGCCAAUGGCAAACUCAUGCUUGCCCAUGCUGCCAGUGCACAAGGAAUUUCAGUUGUUGAACAAAUCUCUGGAAAGGAUCACAUCCUAAAUCAUUUAAGCAUCCCAGCCGCAUGUUUCACUCAUCCAGAGAUUAGUAUGGUUGGACUGACAGAGCCACAAGCCAGAGAGAAGGCAGACAAAGAAGGAUUUGAGGUAAAUGUUGUGAAGACUAGCUUUAAGGCAAACACUAAAGCUUUGGCAGAAAAUGAAGGAGAUGGGAUUGCUAAGUUGAUUUACCGACCUGACACGGGUGAAAUUCUUGGGGUUCACAUUUUGGGUUUGCAUGCUGCUGAUCUCAUCCACGAGGCGUCCAAUGCCAUCGCCCUAGGAACUCGUGUGCAAGACAUCAAGUUUGCUGUUCACGCUCACCCCACAUUGUCCGAGGUCCUGGAUGAGCUCUUCAAAGCAGCCAAGAUCGAGUGCAAUUGCCCCGAGAUCCGAUCAAUUGAUUUGAUCGAGAAGCUCUUCUUUUUCGCGCGUUCUGUUGGAGUCGGCUUCGACUUCAUGGAAGGAGGAGAUCGAGCUGCCGGUGGCGGCGCCGGCGGCAGCAGUAGCGCCGCAGAGGAAGAGAAGUACUCUUGGGUGCCGGUGCGCGCGGCCAGGCUGACCAACUUGUCGCACCACCUGAGCGCCGUGCAGCAGUCGCGCUGGCUGGACCGCCGCCAGAAACGCGGGUGGGUGGAGAGGGCGUCGGCGUCGGCGCCGGCGGCGGCGAUGGGCCUGGACGACGCGGAGCGGCAGCUGAAGCUGGCGCCCGACCUCUGCGGCGUCAAGUCCACAUCCUCGUACGGCUUCUCGUGCGCGCUGCACGAGAUGACGGAGAACGUGGCCGAGGCCGUGGACCCGGCCGGCGCGCUGCGGCCGCGCCCCAAGAGCGCCGCCUGGUGGCGGUUUGUGUACCUCGACGACGCCCUCCCCGGCAGCCACGGCUUCGUGCACCUCACAUGGGGCCAGGCGGCGCGCGCUCGCGCGGACGCACCGCAUCAGGGCGCCCUUGGAGCUGCCGUCGCGUACUCGACCCCGGCACUGCUGGCGCGCAUGCACCACGUCGAGCGCCUCGCCGAUGCCGUCCUCCUUCCGCUGCAAGAGCUCAAGUGCCUCGUCGACCACUUGAUCGAGAAUUUUGUGCCGAGACAAACGUGGGACAUUGCUGAAGCUUUGGCAAAAUGCAAAAUACAUGUGAAUCAUAUGAAAAGGGGCAAUGGAAGCUUAGAACUGCAGAUAUAA